UGUUCAGUUCGUGAAAUGUUCAGACCAUGACAUUUGUGUUAGCAAUUGUGGAAACAGUUGUUCUCGAUCACCAAUGACAUCGUAACACUUUCAGUUAUUUUUGGAGAAACAGAUUCGAAUUCCAGAACAUAAUGAUGUGAACUGUUUUCGUUGAUCUUUUGUGAAGUGGUUUUAGAUUUCCGUUUGAAUUGUUUAUCUGUAAAACCAUGGUGAUUAGUGCUUCAGAGACGCCGUAUUUUAAUGGCGGAGUUAGUUCAUUCCUUUAGUUUUUUAUGCAGGAAAGUAAUGAGAUUAGUAAUAAAUCAUCGGUUAUUUAUGAGAACGAUAUAUUAAGACACCAAUUUUAAAUCUCAGAAAUGGCGACAAGAAGAAUAAAAUCCGCUGGUGCUACAAGAACAAUGGCUGACGAGCGAGCAGAAGCUCUUCAGUUGCGACUAAUGAUGUCAGAAGAACCACUCCGCAGUGAAUUGAUGUAUCGGCAGAUUGAAGCAUUCGAGGAUAAAAUAGAAAUGUGCUUUGAGAGAUUUGACGUGAAUUUAUUUUACAGUAUGGUGCGUCAGCUAUCACAGCAGAGUUCUGUUUACGACAUCACAAACAUCAGUCAGUUACGACAGGUUUACGACGAUGAAAUCGAUCGCAGAAACAGUCUUCCGGUGUCAUUGAACAAAUGUUUACAAUACUUUACCUGGUUCUUUAAAUUUUUAACUUACCUAAGGGACCUUCGUAUAAGUUUUAACAGUCGUAUUUUUGUGCCUUUGUUUAAAUAUUUUAUGGAGGGUAGUAAUAAUGGUGAAAAUAGACGGGGAUCUACGUCAUCUUCCCUUUCAAAAUUUAGUAACAUAUCAAACGACAGCAGCGAGAGUGGCAUUAUGUCGGAUUACGGUGGCUCCGACCCAUUGGAAGAUCCAGAGGACUUUGAUGAUGCAGCAGCUAUGGAACGUUUGCAUGCCCAAUCCCACACUGCUUUGAUGCUUCUCAGCAAAGAAUUCGCGGAUAUAAAACCUCUGUACGAUACCUCAGAAAUCAAAAAGUUGUCCCAGAGACUUGCCUUUCUUAAAGAACAAUUAGAAUUUAAUAUGGACGAGGAAGAAUCAAUUAAUCUGGACCUUCUGUGCUAUGAAAGUGCUUAUAUGGUCGAAGAACUGAACGCCGAUGAAGAAAUAAGCGCGCUUCUUCGAUACAUUCCUGACAUUCUCAUUAAGUUUGAAAAGGCUGCAACGCUUACCCGAAAAUGGUUGAUAUUAGACGACCAAAGAACUCGCGACUUUAACGCAAAGUUGCAAAGAAUCGUCAAUUUGGAAAACAAAAUGUCGGAACGUUUGUCAAAAUUGGUAGCAGACAUAAAACAACACGAAAUGAUCUUAGAGAAGGAUAGUGAAGAACUCCAAAGACUUUUAAAACGUGAAGAGCGCUCAAAUGAACUAUCGUCAACUGUAUAUGAUCUGGAUGAACGAAUUAAAGAUAUGAGCGAAACAUUAAGACAAUUAAGAAAGCAAAAGGUAAUAAUUACCAAUAAACUGGUAACAGCAGUUAAAAAACGCCUGAAGAGUGAAUACAAAACUCAGAAAGUACUGUACGAAUCCAACAGGCUACAGCGUUACUCCUCUGAGCGCCAAUUAGCAACUCUUCAGUUCCAUCGAGAUUUAGCCGAGGCCGAUAUGCAUGUGGAGAUUGGUGUAAAACCUCAUUUAAUUUACAGCACCAAUGAUCUCCAGGACAAAGUCGAGAAACUAGAGCAGAUUCUGGAGGAAGAGAAGCGAGAAGAAAGUACGAUCAAAUCCGCUCUGAUCCCGGUGAAGAAAGACCGCCAGCACCUGGCAUCUAUCUUGUAUCCCGACAGUACUCCCUCAGUUACCCCAGCAUCUAAAGCUAAAGAAGCAGCCGAGUACGUGGGAAGCCGAAGGGUGUCUUUGGGUAAGGCUAGCCAUAUAAAAACUUACCGGAAUGCUACAAAACUUCCCCAGAUCAAGAAAAGACACGUCUCCUGUCAGGAGAUCGGCGUACAAGUUGGCGGUUUGUGAGAGCGUACUUGUUUCACGCCGAUUCGUUACGGUAGUGUUAGCAUCGGGUCUUUAGUACUGUGAAAAAUUUACCAACGACUUGUUUGUAAAUACUAAAAGACUCUUUGGAAAGAUAUUUUGGCAGUGUCGCAUUGUGUCCGGGAAGGGCAGGGCACAGACUUUGUGACGUGCGGCCCUAGCUACAAUACUUGUUGUUUGAUAAGACAUAAUUGCUAAGCUGUAGCUUGUGUAGCAUAAACCUUAAUUCGACCCUGUACUCGGAGCUUGUAUAUUGCCUAAAAUGUGAAAUUGACAAUAAAAUAUUUACGAACUAUGUCAGAGUUUUUGCAAACAAAAUGGUGAGAAACAAAAUACAUUAUGGUGAUACUUUUAA